GGCAGCCAAUGAGCGCGCCCGCGGACAGCGGCGAGGCCAACAUGGCUUCCCGCACCUGGUGACGGUUGAAGACUGUGUUAGGUCUCAUGGAGAAGCCGCGGGGCGCUGAGGAGACUCCAUCUUCAGAACCAAUGGAGGAGGAAGAGGAAGAGGAUGAAUUGGAGCUCUUUGGAGGCUACGACAGUUUCCGGAGCUAUAACAGCAGUGCGGGCAGUGAGAGCAGCUCCUAUCUUGAGGAAUCAAGUGAAGCAGAAAAUGAGGAUCGGGAAGCAGGGGAGUUACCCACUUCCCCACUGCAUUUGCUCAAUCCUGGAACUCCCCGCUCCUUGGACGGCAGUGGUUCUGAGCCAGCUGUCUGUGAGAUGUGUGGUAUCGUGGGUACCAGGGAGGCCUUCUUCUCCAAGACCAAGAGGUUCUGCAGCGUCUCCUGUUCCAGGAGCUACUCCUCCAACUCCAAGAAAGCCAGUAUCCUGGCCAGGUUACAGGGCAAGCCACCAACCAAGAAAGCCAAAGUCCUGCACAAGGCGGCCUGGUCUGCCAAAAUCGGAGCCUUUCUCCACUCCCAGGGGACAGGGCAGCUAGCAGAUGGGACGCCAACCGGGCAGGACGCGCUGGUCUUGGGUUUCGACUGGGGGAAGUUCCUGAAGGACCACAGUUACAAGGCUGCGCCUGUCAGCUGUUUCAAACACGUGCCGCUCUAUGACCAGUGGGAGGACGUGAUGAAGGGGAUGAAGGUGGAGGUGCUCAACAGUGACGCUGUGCUCCCCAGCCGCGUGUACUGGAUCGCCUCCGUCAUCCAGGCAGCAGGGUAUCGGGUGCUGCUCCGGUAUGAAGGUUUUGAAAAUGACGCCAGUCAUGAUUUCUGGUGCAACCUGGGAACAGUGGAUGUUCACCCCAUUGGCUGGUGCGCCGUCAACAGCAAAAUCCUGGUGCCCCCUCGGACCAUCCAUGCCAAGUUCACGGACUGGAAGGGUUACCUCAUGAAACGCUUGGUGGGCUCCAGAACGCUGCCUGUGGAUUUCCAUAUCAAGAUGGUGGAGAGCAUGAAGUACCCCUUCCGGCAGGGCAUGCGGCUGGAGGUGGUGGAUAAGUCCCAGGUGUCACGGACUCGCAUGGCCGUGGUGGACACGGUGAUUGGGGGUCGCCUGCGGCUCCUCUACGAGGAUGGGGACAGUGACGAUGAUUUCUGGUGUCACAUGUGGAGCCCCCUCAUUCACCCAGUGGGUUGGUCACGUCGUGUCGGCCACGGCAUCAAGCUGUCAGAGAGGCGCAGCGACAUGGCCCACCAUCCCACCUUCCGGAAAAUCUACUGUGAUGCUGUUCCUUACCUGUUCAAGAAGGUACGAGCCGUCUACACAGAAGGUGGUUGGUUUGAAGAGGGGAUGAAGCUGGAGGCCAUUGACCCCCUGAAUUUGGGCAACAUCUGUGUGGCGACCAUCUGCAAGGUUCUCCUGGACGGCUAUCUGAUGAUCUGUGUAGACGGGGGGCCCUCCACAGACGGCUCAGACUGGUUCUGCUAUCAUGCCUCUUCCCACGCCAUCUUCCCAGCCACCUUCUGCCAGAAGAAUGACAUUGAACUCACACCCCCAAAAGGGUACGAGAUGCACACAUUCAACUGGGAGGCCUAUUUGGAGAAGACCAAGUCGAAAGCGGCUCCGUCAAGACUCUUUAACAUGGACUGCCCCAACCAUGGCUUCAAGGUGGGCAUGAAGCUGGAGGCUGUGGACCUGAUGGAGCCGCGCCUCAUCUGUGUGGCCACGGUGAAGCGGGUGGUGCACCGGCUGCUCAGCAUCCACUUUGACGGUUGGGACAGCGAGUACGACCAGUGGGUGGACUGCGAGUCCCCGGACAUCUACCCCGUCGGCUGGUGCGAGCUCACUGGCUACCAGCUCCAGCCACCCGUGGCCACAGCAGAGCCAGCCACACCUCUGAAGGCCAAAGAGGCCACAAAGAAGAAAAAGAAACAGUUUGGGAAGAAAAGGAAAAGAAUUCCGCCGACCAAGUCGCGUCCCCUCCGUCAAGGCGCCAAGAAGGCCCUGCUGGAGGACAACCCGCAGGCCGCAGAGAAGAUCUCCUCAGAGCCUGAAGACAAUCCUGAGCCCCCUGCCCUCCCCUCCAGUCAUCGCCGUGCGCGUGAAGGAAGAGCAUCUCGACAUAACCACACCCGCCAAGGCCCCGAGUCCAGAGCUGCCUGUCCCCCUUGAGAGCAUCAAACAGGAGACAGACAACUGAGCUUUCCCAGCAUGGCCGCCCCCGGAAGCCAGCCCAGGGCUCCUCUCUUGCCACCACCCCUCCAACCCCCAUUACUUUGGACACUGAGCUGUUUUGUAUAAACCUGCCUGGUGCUGUGAGGGCCAGGCGCUGAGGAGCAGCUGGGGUCUGCUUUCGCCCACGCUGUUGCCUCUGCCCUGUUUGGUGAAGCCUCAUGCCUGGGGCACCUGAGGCCCCCAAACUCUCUUCUGUGAGUCUUGCCCUCUCCAGCAAGAGCUCCCAAAGCUGCUCCUCACAGAAGUUUCCCUCCACACCACCACAUCCUUCCUCUGCCAGAGGGUGGGGGCUGCCCCCAGUCACGCUGGAAGACCAGACAGUUGGUGCCGUGUGUGUCCAUGCACCCAGGCAAGUCCUGAAUAAAGGCCUGGAGCAGCCCUCUGAGGGGAGACCCUCAGGACAGCCAGUGUGUGAGGGUGCAGGCUCAGCCUGAAAACUGAGCAAGUGCAGUGGCCUCUCACCUCCUAGGCUGCUGCUCUGCAUCCCCUUGUGCCCUGGCGGUGGGGGGUGCUGGGGAACCACCCGCAGGUACCCAGCUCAGGUAGGCAUCCAGGAAGCCAUGAGCAGGAUGUGGGUUUGGUGACCCGUUUUUCCUGUUGCCUGGAGUACAGACUCCACUUCCUAGGAGCAACGGGGCAUGAGUGGGGUCUGCUUCCCAGUAGGGAGGCUUGUAGGGGCCUUGAUAGGAAAAGACCACACCAGCCCCUGUGCCACUUGGGGAGAGUUGGGGGAAGGAGGAGGCUGGGGCAGCAAGAGUGGAGGUGGGCUCGGCCCACCUGAGCGGGGACGCGGCCUGCUCUGGAGCCAGCUGGGCUGGGACCUGUUCUCGUCCCUUCUGCUAAGCAGUCAGGUAGGGCCUGACAGGGUCGUGGGCCUCAACACGGGGACCUUGUGCUGGUCAGCCCCGCUGGCUGAGGCGGCACCUUCCCCACCUGCGCCUCCGGAGGAGUGUGAAGAGGGGUACCGGGCUUCCUGUUCCUCACUCUCCAGCCCUUAAUGUAUUUUGAUUCUGCUCCGCUUUGAAAGUACAUUCUGGAGUUUGCUUUCUGUCAGCUGCUUUGAGACUGUUCAGUCCUAGCUCUUCCAUACCCUCUUCCGGAGCCCUGAGAGGAGACGGGCUGCCAGCCUCACUCCUUCCUGCUCUGUGGGUAGAGGUGGCACUGCUGGGGCCAGUACUUGCAUAUGGGUUUGCUCAGGACCAAGGCUGUCUGGUGUCAUUCCAGGGAAGGGGUGAUAGCCUGAAGGGAGCUGAUCUCCACCCACUUCAGGGAGAGCUUCACCCCAUGCUAAGGCACGAGGCAGCGCCACCCAUGCCAAACCAGGCCCAGAAAGCAGUGUUGGUGCAGCCUGAAUUCCCCACAAACUGAAAAAGUGACUUGAGUUUGGACCAAUGUGAAGGCCAAGGACGGGGCAUUCCUCAGGAUGCAGGGCCUUGGCCCUUCCCCGCCCCCCUCCCUCCCCCCAUCGCACACCCUGGAUUCACAGUGACAGGACAGAGGCUUCACCCUCCAGGAGAGGAAGGUGCCUGGGUGCCCUUCUGCCUGCUCACGGAACUGCUGCCUGGCCUGGGCCACCACCUUCCAGAACCCCUUCACUGGGAUCCGGUUCUGGGAGAAGAGCUCCUGGGAAAACGGCUUGGACGUGCCACGGUCCGUGGUUCUGCCUGCCUGACUAGAGAAGUGAGGCCUGAGGCCCCGGCACUAACGCCCCCAUCCCGGCGGCAGAGCUGCAGGACAAGGAGCCGCCCUUCCAGCCCUGGACUGGCCUCCCCACACCUGGCGUGAGACCGUUGAACUCUGACUUGCUGAAGUCCAGCCUGUCAGGUGCUGUUCCGUAGAGAGCGUGUCCUGAGGACCUGAGUGGAGGUGGGUGAGUGCCCGCGUGAGGGCUACGGAAUAAAGACGCCACGAGCUGUCUCAAGGCCGCCACAUCUGUGUCUCGUUUGCGCCCUCCUUUCCCCAUCCCUGGGUGCCCCCAAGGCUGAGCCUGUCUUUUCUGU